AUGCCGUCUGUAAAGGGGUCUCGCACAGAUCUUGACAAAUGCAAUGCCCCUCGGGUACAUUCGCCAGCAGAAGGAAACCUCCGUGCUCCACAGACAGCAGUACGACCGAGCACAUCAGGCGGGCCUGGAGAGCGUCCACAGAGGCCUCGCAGGAAGACUAACCCUACCCCGUCAGUCCAUUCUCAAGACCAUGUCCACUCCUUCCAAUCGCCUACAACUUCGACGACCGUACUCUAUACCUCAGAUGUCACAAAAGAGCAGGGGGUCAUUGGUAUUGCUCUCGGGUCGCCAACUUCUGCCUCACACUGGACUCCAACGCCUCAGGCAGCUGACCCAAACACAAAUUCAUCAAAUCCACACUUGCCAGCCAACAUGUUAAGCCAGCCCAACUACUCGUCGCCACAUUUGGCAAGUCAGCAGGAACCAGCCAAAUCCAAACUCAGCCGGUGGAAGUCGCUAUUCCGCAAACCAGUCACUCCCACUCCGCAGGAGAAGUCGACUUUUUACCAGUUGUCGCAGCCUGCAGAGCCCCCGCCUCGUGCUGAUAGUCAUCACGACGAGGAAGCGUUUGCAUCACAAGCUUCUCUAAGCCCGGAACCAGAGAGGGAGAAACUGCGCAACGUCUCACCCCCCACAUACAAGCCCGACAUUCGCUCAUCCCGAAAAUGGAGCCCCGAUGAAUUUGUCGCUCCUCAGUCACCAUCAGAGACGCCGUUGGCUAAGGAGCGCGUUAUGACCAUUGCAAAUUCCACUUUAGAUCGACCUGGUGCACAACGGACAUUUGCGACACCUCAUGUUCCUACCCAAAAAUCGGCCAGCGAGGCCUCUCCAAGGUCAGAUGCUUCAACCUCGGAGAUUGCCAGCGGAAGGCCAGAGGCCGAGUCGAAGACUCGGACGCCCUCGGAAUUACCCCUUCUGGAUAUCAAUCUCCCUGACAUUACUAUGGAGAGAUACAGUGUCAUGUUUGGCAACCUUUUGCAGUCUGGCCCAAGCCGCCUAUCGCUCCUAGAGCGACGCCAGGCAAAUGCUGAUAAGCUCAAGGUGUUGAAGGACAUCUCUUCAAAGGACGAUGAACAAAACGAGGCCUUGUCCCUUCAACGCAGAGCGACUUCGCCAAUUGUAUCAUCUUCCCCAAUGGUAGCGGCUUCACCAGUCGAGAAGUCUUCGCCAAUUGUAGCGUCUGCGCCAGCUGUGGCGCCCUCACCAGCCAUGACGCCCUCGCCGGCCGUAGCGCCUUCGCCACGAUUGUCACUGUUCCCUGCUACAAACGCCGGCCGCGCACCUUCUCCGCUCUCUGGAUCCGCCACGGUGCGUGGAAAGAAGGAGCUCAAGCGUACCAGAACGCUUCCGGCGAAAUCGCCUAAUCGAAGGAACUUUGUUGAUGUGCCGGACCGCAGCGAGAGGCCUAUUGAUGGCGGAAUGCUUAAACCUGCAGCAUCCCCGUAUUUGCAGCCUGCGUUGACGCCAACGUCAAGUCGUAGCUUUGAUUCCGACGCCGACUCUGUGACGAUUAUUGUUGCGCAAGCGUCACCUGGCAGUUCCAUGCCCAUCAGGCUCCACCUUGACGACCGGGAGCCCGAGUGGGAGAUCUGCACGAAGCCAACACUAGCUUCGAACCGCGAGGCUCUAGAUGCUCUGGAUACGUCUGUAUCCCCCCUUACGCGCUCUCCGUCGUACCGGCAACCAAAAGUUACCAAGAUGAGCGCUCUCUGCUCGCACCCAUCUUCUGCGCCACUCGAGGCUCCCUCGCCACUGCAACGCAUGCACAGUAUGUCGACACCACCGCAUUCUGCUCGGCAAUUUGGCGAUGCCAAGCGUGCAGAGAUUAUGGCCAGGCGACGAGAGGCAAAGCUGGAAGAUGUGGCUGUAGCCAAAGCUACUGUGGGCGUUGCAAGGAGCGUGUCUGUCAGCAGAGCCAAAAGUCCCAGGGCCAUUGUGCGCACGUCAACAGCACCAAACGAGGAGCGCGUGGUAGACCAGCUCGGUCUCACACCCAUGAUGGUGGAAGUGAAGAACCGGAAGAGUCACCGAGUACAACUCGACGACUCGUAAACGACGCAAUUUUUCUUGGUCGUUUCAAUUUUUGAAUUUCUUUUCUAUGUUUGGCACAAUUUUCAUUCUCAUGUCCUGGGACAUUUCAAAGAAGCCCUCUUGGGGCAAUAGGGCUACGGAUAUUUACGGUGCCAUGUUCUCUUCACACAUUUCACAGUGCAGCCGCACAUCCGUUUAUACCUCUGGCUUUCGCCGUUACUGUCGUUGUUGUUUUUCAAGCGGGGGUCGUUUUGGGUUGGAUUUCACAAAGUUCCAUUCGCUUCUCUCGACAGUCUUCUGCUUUUCUUUUUCUGUAUCUUACUUCUUCUUCUUCUUCUUCUUCUUCUUGUUGUUGUUGUUCUUCG